AAACACAGAUCUCCUGAGAAGAUGCAGGCGGACCUGAGAAUGGCGGGCACCGGUUUGGUGGCUGGAGAGGUUGUGGUGGAUGCGCUGCCGUAUUUUGACCAGGGUUAUGAAGCUCCUGGUGUUCGAGAAGCGGCUGCGGCGCUGGUGGAGGAGGAAAUUCGCAGAUACCGACCUACUAAGAACUACCUGAGCUACCUGACAGCCCCAGAUUAUUCCGCUUUCGAAACUGACAUAAUGAGAAAUGAAUUUGAAAGAUUGGCUGCUCGACAACCAAUUGAAUUGCUCAGUAUGAAACGAUAUGAACUUCCGGCCCCUUCCUCGGGUCAGAAAAAUGACAUUACUGCAUGGCAAGAGUGUGUAAACAAUUCUAUGGCCCAGUUAGAGCAUCAAGCGGUUCGAAUUGAGAACCUGGAACUAAUGUCACAGCAUGGAUGCAAUGCCUGGAAAGUAUAUAAUGAGAAUCUAGUUCAUAUGAUUGAACACGCACAGAAGGAGCUCCAGAAGUUAAGGAAACAUAUUCAAGAUUUAAACUGGCAGCGAAAGAACAUGCAACUCACAGCUGGAUCUAAAUUAAGAGAAAUGGAAUCAACUUGGGUAUCCCUGGUCAGUAAGAAUUAUGAGAUUGAAAGGACUAUUGUACAAUUAGAAAAUGAACUGUUUCAAAUGAAGCAGCAGCAUGGAGAGGCAAACAAAGAAAACAUACGGCAAGACUUCUGAAAGACUUAAUCUGGUGAGUAGAAAGGAAGGUGUGUUGGACUUUCACAGAAGAUCAGGCAUCUGAAGAAACAAGUCUUAAGGAAAUCACCAGUGAUAAGUGUUUAGAAAUCAUAGA